AGCUUCUACUCGCGCUGGCUGUCGUGCUCAGAUUUGAGUCCUCGCUGAGCUGCUCUCUCACCGUCGCCAACAUGCCUUUCAUCGACUUAGAAAGCAACUUGCCAGCGGGCUCCUUCUCCGAGGACUUCCUGAAGCAGCUGUGCUCCACCACCGCGGCUGUUCUGGGAAAACCUGAAGACAGGAUGAACCUGGUGGUGAAACCUGGCUUGCCCAUGCUGAUAGCCGGGUCCUGCUCUCCAUGUGUGGUGCUGUCUGUCUCUGCCAUUGGGGUCACCGACACUGCUGACAAGAACAAGGAGCACAGCGCCAAGAUUUUCCAAUUUCUGACAAAGCAGCUGGGCCUCAGUGAAGACAGGAUUGUUAUCCGGUUCUACGCACUGGAGCCUCAUCAGGUCGGCAAGAAAGGAACUGUCAUGAGCUUCUUGUGAAGGACCUGUUUGUUUCCAGCACAUGCACCCUAUCAUUUCAUUCCCAAAGUAUUUUCAAGAAAAACUAGAAGAUGAUGCAGUUUAAAGUGCAAAUCAGCCGCUCAUGUAUGAGUAGACACUUGAAAGAUUAGUUUGUACUGGAGGUAGUUCUUGUAAUUUGAUGUCAUAUGCAGGUAGGCUGUCUGAACCAUAUUUAACCCAAAUAAGGUUUUUAAAAAUGUACUUGCUACUUGAAAUUUGAUUUAAUUAUGUUUUAAUUAUGUUUAAUUAUUGUAUAACAUGGUAACUCCAUAGAAAUUAUGUCAGGCACAGUUGCGUGGCUUGUUACUGAAAGCCAGUGUAGCUUUUUUAUUAAUUAAGUCACAUUACAGAAUGAAAUUUGCUAUGUAAAUAUGUCCCUAUAUUUUCACUAAAGAUAGAUGAAAAUGUAUUUUGU